AAUUGCUCGUUUAACGAACAGGCCUAAUGCCGCAACUAAGUAAAUGUCAAAAUAAAAGUGAUUAAAAAUAUAAAAAGUUGUGUUUUUAGCUUUGGGUUCAAGUUUUGAUUUUAAUUCUUGUUUGUGGGCUCACACAAACAUAAAACCAGAUAUGUCUGACGAAAACCUUAUGGAAAACGGAAAAGAGGGUGUCGUUGCAAAAACUUCUGAUACCUCUGCUAUUUCGGCAUCAAAAAGUCCAUCAAUAGGACCUUCUAUCCAGUCAGAGAUUAUUGAAGAACCUCUACCUUCCAUAGAAGACGUUGUUCUCAUUGAUCCUGAAUGCUUAGAAUUGGACCUAAACCAUCACCGGAUUGACAAACUAGAAAAUUUUGAGCCAUUGGUAUGCAUUGAGCGUCUUUACCUGCGCUGGAAUCUUAUAAAGAAAAUUGAAAAUCUAUCCACGCUGACAACGCUUCAGGAACUUGAACUAUACGAUAAUCAAAUUACAAAAAUAGAAAACCUGGAUACACUUGUUAAUUUGGAGCAGUUAGAUUUUAGUUUUAAUCGCUUAACUAAAAUAGAAAAUUUAGACAAACUAGGUAAACUAGAAAAACUAUUCUUAUGUGCGAACAAGAUCCAUGCUAUAGAAAACUUGGGUAUGCUCACUAAUUUGACGAUGCUAGAAUUGGGGGACAACAAAAUUCGUAAAAUCCAAAACAUUGAAAUGCUUACCAAUCUUCGUCAACUCUAUCUUGGAAAAAAUAAGAUUACAAAAAUUGAAAAUUUGGAUACUUUAGUCAAUUUGGAGUGUCUAAGUUUGCAGGCGAACCGCAUAGUCAAAAUAGAAAACUUGGAUAAAUUAGUUAAUUUAACUGAACUUUAUAUAUCGGAGAAUGGCAUCGAAAUAAUUGAGAAUUUGAAUGAGAAUAAACAGCUUGAUACGUUGGAUAUUGCCAAAAAUAGGUUGAAAUCAAUAGACAACAUUGAGCACUUGAAAGAAUUGGAAGAACUCUGGCUAAAUGACAAUGGGGUCUCAGAUUGGCAAAAUAUUGAAGUUUUAAAAGAAAACACAAAACUUAAAACUGUUUAUUUAGAACACAAUCCAGUAGCAUCAGACAAGAUGUAUCGUUUCAAGUUGCGCUCGAUUGUACCAUGGUUGGAAAAGAUAGACGCCACUUUGUGUCGAUAAAA